GCUCCAGUGGAUUUUAAAACAAACUGAUAUUUAUUCAGAGCAUCUUUCAGACAACCUGCUGCAGCUUCCUGCAUCUCAGAGGUCAAAGGUCAGCAGCAGGACCAGCUCCUGGUUUUACUGAGAGUUCAGAGGAACGACCACGGCUAGGGUUCCUGUAGGAGGAGCAGAGCAGGAGGAGCAGAGCAGGAGGAGCAGAGCAGGAGGGGGAACAGAUUUUCAGUUUUCAAACUGUCAGACCAGAGAGGAGAACGUGAAGGACCACCAAACCCAACAUCAGACAUGGGAAACGAUGAGUCCAACGCUGAUCCAAACUCAGAGACAAAGUCUGGAGGCUCCAUGCAUCGGACCCAGAACCAAACCCAGGACCCCUCUGAAGCUGUCUCACAUCUCCAAACUAAAUCCAGUCUCUGUGACGCUGAUGGACUGAAGGACAGUCUGAGGACAGACGUCCACAGCGACACUGAAGAUGGACACCUGAAGUGUCCCGCGGGCCUCAUCCUGAAACAAAGAUAUCAGGUGGUCUCCACACUCGGAGCGGGGGCUUCUGGGAAAGUCAUGGAGUGUGUGGACGGACAGAAAGGUGAGCGUGUGGCAGUAAAGGUUGUGAAGAAGUCAGACACGUUGUGUGCAGCAGCUCUGUCAGAGGUUUCAGUCCUGCAGGAGAUCAACAGUCUGGAYGAUGACAACAGAUUCGCCUGCGUCCGCAUGUUGGACUGGUUCCAACACGAAGGCCACGUCUGCAUCGUGAUGGAGCUGCUCGGACCCAGCACCUUCGACUUCCUGCGACAGAACCACUUCCUGCCGUUCAGCCUGCAGCAGAUCCGCCUCGUGGCCUUCCAGAUCUUCAGAGCCAUCAGCUUUCUGCACCGUAACAACCUGACCCACACGGACCUGAAGCCUGAGAACAUCCUGCUCGUCGGCUCAGAGAAGACCCAGACCGGGCCCAGCUGCUUCAACGUGAAGGUGGUGGACUUUGGCAGCGCCACAUUUGACCACCAGCACCACGAGACCCUGGUGUCAACACGGCACUACCGGGCCCCGGAGGUCAUUCUGG